AUUUAUUCGUUUAUCGAAACUCCUAUAAAUUUAUAGCGGUAUUACUAAAACCAAUCACCCACCUUGUCCCUAUUAAAUACAACAAGCCAACGUUAAAACACAACGAAAGUUGCGCCUAUAAUCUCCGGCAGUACUCUAGUCUUCCGACGCCUGGCGUUUUAUCAGAUCCGAGACAUCUCUCAUUUAGCUCAGUAAAAGACCCGCAAAAUGGCUUCUCAGAGGUUCAGUGUGGAUCUUGACAAGCCUCUUGCUUCUCAGGUUGGUCAUCUUGGAGAAGCUUACGACGAAUGGGUUCACCAACCUAUUGUGAGCAAGGAAGGCCCUCGGUUUUUCCAAAGUAACUUUUUGGAGUUCUUGACACUUACAGUUUGGUGGGCGGUUCCUGUCAUUUGGUUGCCAGUUGUUGCCUGGUGCAUCUCCAUGUCAGUAAGGAUGGGCUGUUCACUCCCAGCGAUUGUCUCAUUGGCAGCCUUGGGAGCAUUUAUCUGGACCUUUAUAGAAUACUGUCUUCACCGUUUCGUUUUCCACAUGAAGACCAAAAGUUACUGGGGAAACACGGCACAUUAUCUUAUUCAUGGAUACCAUCACAAGCACCCAAUGGACCACCUUCGACUCGUCUUUCCUCCUGGUUUAACAGCGAUUAUGUGCUAUCCUCUUUGGAACCUUGCGAAGGUUCUGGCAACUCCUGCAGCCGCACCUGCAUUGUUUGGAGGCGGCCUGCUCGGGUAUGUGGUGUAUGAUCUUACUCACUACUACCUUCACCAUGCUAACCCAACUACAGCAGUGACCAAACACCUCAAGAAAUCCCAUUUGAACCAUCACUUCAGGAUUCAGGACAAGGGGUUUGGUGUAACUUCGUCGCUAUGGGACAUAGUGUUUGGUACACUUCCCACCAAGAAAGCUCUCAAAAGAGAGCAAGAUUAGUAAGAUGGAUGCAAAACAAAAAGAUAUUUGCGAUACACAGUUUAUUCUUAAACUAUUAAAUCAUCACUCUAUGUUAAUCUGAUCACGUUUCGUUUGGACCAGUGUCUUUGUAUAUCAAUAUACUUCACAUCCUAUGUAAUAGUUUUUAUGUGUUUCUCAACUAAAAAAAAAAAGACUUUGUUUACAGCAAGUGCAAAAAAUAUCGUGUAUAUGUUUGUUAAGGAGCUUUUUCUGAAGAGAUACAAAAAACUAGAUGGUUUC